GUGGUUAGUGCUAACAGAUUCACAUUCACCUUGGACUCGGCAUUUACAUGUGACAUCGUUCUAUUAGGGGACUCAGAAGGUUCUACCGACUGCCGUACCAAGGGGAGAGAGCAUAUAUCGUGAGAACCGACGAGGUCACCAUGUAUCCCAACUUCGGUAUUGCCACCAUUUUUGUACUCAUCUCAGUAGCCGUGACUGCAGAAGGCAAAACGAGCACCUACGACGCAGACGACCUAAGCCACCCCUGCCUUAGAGACUGCGUGGACGGCGAGACCCCGAGGACCUGCGAGUACGACUUUGCCGUGGAGUGGUACUACGUGCUGAGCAAGGCCUGUUACGACUGCCCGUUUAACGGCACGGAUUGCGACAGGCCGCACUGCGUGGCGGCAGAUGGCGUCAGAAAGGCAAUCACUGUGGUCAACAGGCGCCUUCCAGGACCAGGGAUAUUUGUCUGCCAGAACGACACUAUCAUCGUCAACGUGAAGAACAAAAUGUCCACGUCCGAUGGAGUCACCAUACACUGGCACGGAAUACUGCAGGAAGACUCACCGCACAUGGAUGGUGUCGCCAUGAUUACACAGUGUCCCAUACCCUCACACAGCACAUUCCGAUACGAAUUCAAAGCCACUACAAAGGGGACACAUUUCUGGCACGCCCACUCCGGCAUGCAGCGUGCCGACGGCGUCUUCGGCCCACUGGUUGUCCGACUUCCGCCGGGAGCUGACCCCCACCAUGACCUUUACGAUUAUGAUCUCGCAGAACACUAUAUCAUCGUCACUGAUUGGCUGGGUGACGUCACAGUAAACCGUUUUGUAGCGCAUCACCAUAGAGACGGAGACAAUAAACCACAGUCCAUGUUGAUUAACGGAAAGGGGGCAUUUGAACCCUACACCGACGACAAAUCCAACCGAACCAUUUACACGCCAUAUGCGGUUUUUAAUGUCACCCAAGGCAAGAGAUAUAGGUUCCGCGUGGCGAGCAAUGGCAUUCUGAACUGCCCCAUACAGAUAUCAGUCGACGGCCACAACAUGACAGCAAUCACGUCUGACGGAAAACCUUUCGAUCCAAUUGAGAUCGAAUCGUUCAAUAUAUUUGCCGGGGAACGGUACGACUUUGUACUUAACGCAAACGCCAGAGUCGACAACUACUGGAUUCGGGUGGUUGGUCUUGCCGACUGUGCCAAUAAAAAAGCGAAACAGGUGGCAAUAUUACGCUAUAAUGGGGCACCGAUUGAGGAUCCUAAAGCCCCAACUGAUUACGAAAACAUGAUGCGCAGUGGAAAGCAACUGAACCCGUGGAACACCAAAGCAGACGACAACUACAUUCCCGUGGUGCAACUAAACAACACCGACCCAGAUGACGCCACGUCGCAAGAGGAGCCUGACGUCAAAUUCUACUUGGCUAUGGAUUUUAAUAAAAUAGACAACGAACUCUUCCAUAACCCCAUGUAUUACCCAGUCAGUGCCAUAGACAAGGGGCGUCAUUUGUACUCGCCGCAGAUCAACCAUAUCUCUAACAUUUUCCCUCCUUCUCCGCCUAUGACACAAUAUGGGGACAUUCCAAAGGAUUUGUUCUGCAACGAAGAAACUCGCUCCAACUGCACAGAAACCUACUGCGAGUGCGUUCACAUGUUAGAGGUGAAGCUAGGACAGGUAGUCGAGAUUGUCAUGGUGGACGAAGGGUUCGCCUUUAACGCCAAUCACCCCAUGCAUCUUCACGGCUUUGCUUUCCGCGUGGUGGCGCUGCGGAAGAUUAAUCAGUCUGUCACAGUGGAACAGAUAAAGCAGAUGGAUCGAAAUGGAGAGAUUCCACGUAAGCUCAAAGGUGCCGUGAAAAAGGACUCCGUCACGGUGCCAGAUGGAGGUUUUACCAUCAUACGGUUCCACGCGACAAAUCCAGGUGCCUGGCUUUUGCACUGUCACAUCGAAUAUCACGUUGAAAUUGGAAUGGGACUUAUAGUUAAGGUUGGCGAACCGGAAGAUCUUCCCAAGCCGCCACGGAACUUCCCGCGCUGCGGCACGUGGCAGUACGAGGAUGACGUAACACAGACGUCAUCAGCUCCAUGUCCUACACUCAAAACACAAAACAGUGUGAACAGUGUAAACGGUUUAAGGGCCACGUGUUUGUCACUCCUUUUCAUGGUACUGCCCCUAUUACCUUUAUAUUUUUAGAGGUAAAAUUUAAAAUGUCUCUUAUUUUUGUAACAGAAUUAUUAAUAUAUUAACUGUUGAGCACAAGGACGCAAGAUGAAAUAUAAAAGAUCGUCUGUGCUUUAUUUUUAAAGAAUACCUUUUCAACUUUAGAGGUAUAUUCCCGAAAAUUUUAUAUUUUAUAGGUCAUACAAGAUUUUCAAGCUAUCAUUUGCAUUUUAACCGAGCAGGUCUUGUUAUAGAGAAAGGAAUGUUAUUGGCUUACAUCAAAAUGAUUUUGUUGAAGUUUUUUUUUUUGCUUCUCUUACUAACACAACAGUUUUGUGUCUGAUAUUUUUCCAUCGUGUCUUCAGUGUUUUAUAACUUUUUUAUAUUACCAUUAAA